AUGGCGAGUCAAAAUAUUGGGCUGCUUGUCGUGCUCACGGCGUCGCUGUGUUGUGUUUGUUACGGAGGAGUUGUCACGGUUAAUCUUAACGGGAACUGGACUGUUCGAGAUGAAAACAGGGGAUCAUCUGUCAUUGGACAAGUCCCUGGGAACAUGUAUACAGCCCUCUUGGGGAGUGCCAUGAUCCAAGACCCGUAUUACAGAAAAAACGAUGAACUGUAUCGUUGGAUUUCCAGGGAUGACUGGUCCUACAGUCGAACAUUUCAAGUUUCCACUAAAAUGGUGGGACAGAAUACGCUGGAGCUGGUCUGUGACGGACUGGAUACGGUUGCUGAGGUCUUCAUCAACGGGAAGCUCGUCGGGGAAUCAGACAAUAUGUUUGUCCAGUAUACAUUCAACAUCAAGCCUGCUGCUGUUGUUGGUGAAAAUACUGUGAAAAUAUCUUUCAAAUCUGCGGUAAAGUAUGCUGCUCAACAAGCACAAAAUGCAGACUAUGUUGUUCCUCCGGAGUGUCCCGUCCCUAAUUACCGCGGAGACUGCCACGCCAACAUGAUCAGGAAGAUGCAAAGUUCUUUCAGCUGGGACUGGGGUCCAUCCUUCCCAACACAGGGAAUAUGGAAAAAUAUUUAUGUACAGAGUUUUAACCAUGGGGUCAUCCAGCAUGUCACCACGGAAACCAUCUUAGGAAGUGACAACAGCUGGACACUCAACACCGAGGUUUUCAUGGACAUCCCAGAUGGUCAGUCGACUGGCGGUGACCUAGAAGUACGACUGGAUGGAACGACGGUCACUCACCGAGCACCAGUCAGCUUGACCAGAGAAAACAGCUCAGUGUCCGUGUCUAUCGCUAUCCCGAAGUCAGUGCCCAUCAAGAAGUGGUGGCCUAACGGCCAUGGCAACCAGACGAUGUACAAGCUGUAUGUCUUCUUCACCAGCUCAGACGGACAGGAAAUGUCGGGCAAGAAGGUCAACGUAGGGUUCAGAACAGUGGAGGUCGUACAAGACUUCGUCUCAGCCAAUCAAAGUUUAGGACGAACAUUUUACUUUAAGAUCAAUGGCAGACCGAUAUUUUUCAAGGGGUCUAACUGGAUCCCUGCCGAUGUGUUCCUUGAUAGAGUGACACCCAGUUACGUUAAUGAGCUGUUACAAGCUGCAGCAGACGUCAACAUGAAUGUGCUUCGAGUGUGGGGAGGUGGUGUUUAUGAGACGGAGGAGUUUUACGACACAGCAGAUCGUCUCGGCAUUAUGAUCUGGCAGGAUUUUAUGUUUGGGUGCGCUAUGUACCCAGUACACAAGUCAUUCAUGGACAGUGUAGCUAUGGAAAUCGAACACCAGGUUCGAAGACUGAAACAUCAUCCUUCUAUUGUGAUCUGGAGCGGAAACAAUGAGAACGAGAAAGCUCUGAUCCAAAGUUGGUACAAUACCAACUCAAACUUCACCCUGUACAAGAGUGAUUACCUGACUUUAUACAAAGGCCUCAUGGCUCCCCUGGUGGCCAGAGAGGAUUCAAGUCGGCCCUUCAUCCUGUCUAGUCCCGGUAACGGUGUGGAAAGUCAGCAGGAAGGGGGCGUGGCUGCUGAGCCUUGGAGUGAGCUCUACGGUGACAUCCACGAGUAUAAGUACCUGUUGCCGUUUUACCUGGACGAGACGUACCGGAUACCUCGGUUUUCCUCCGAGUAUGGUCUCCAGUCCUACCCCUCCUACGACACACUGAAGAAAGUUUACGCCCCAGAUGACCUCACCUACUGGUCAGAUCUUAACGAGUACAGACAACAUCACCCAGCAGGUAAUGUUGAGCUAAUGGCUGAAAUCAGCAUGCUGUUCUCUCUUCCCAACAAAACUGACAUGAAACAGAGAUUCAAAGAUAGCAUUUACCUAACACAGAUUACUCAAGCUGUCGGUAUUAAGGCAGAGACUGAACAUUAUCGUCGCUGGCAGAAUCGUCUCGAUGAGUCGGGCCGAGGCAACACCAUGGGGGCAAUGUACUGGCAACUCAAUGAUAUCUGGCAGGCCCCCACUUGGGCCUCUUUAGAAUAUGGUGGAACGUGGAAAAUGUUACAUUAUUUUGCAAGGCAUUUCUUUGCACCUCUGCUUAUCUCCCCUUACCUGGAUGGCGAGGAUGUCUGUGUAUACCUAAUAGCUGACCAUAUCCCAGUGGUGGAGCAUCGUCAUCCCGACACACAGAAGUUGACUUUCCGACCUGACUACAGUACUGGUCUCGGUAAGGUGCAUGGUUUAGGACUCUCAGGACAGUUACAUGUUGUCAUGUAUUCCUGGCAUAGCUUUACACCUCUACAUAGCUGGGUUCAACAGUACUCGUUAAAUGAAACUUCGGAGCUUGUCUUCUUUAAAAAUACAAUCACUUUGAUGACGGAGGCUGAUUGUAACCAGGGGAAAAAUUUCUGUUUCCUAUUUUUCCACCUUGGGGACCCUAACAACGAACCAGUUGCCUGGCAACCACUAACAGAAUACAAAAAUAUUAUUGGACUUGAAAAUGCUGUUACACAGGUGGCCGAUGUACAGCAGACUUCAACAGACAAACAGGUGUACAAUGUUACCAUAGCAACAGACAAGAUUUCCGUGUUUGUGUGGUUGGAUGCUCAUGAUGUUAAAGGCAGAUUUUCAGACAACGGUUUUCUGAUGAUCAGUCCCAAGAAAGCUGUCCAGUUCUUCUCUAGCCUUCCUACUGACGUAGCCACUCUUCGUAACUCGCUCACAGUUCAAUCUCUGGCCGAUGUAUAUCAUUGAGCAAGUGAAAAAUUAAUACCAUAUUGGAUUCCAUAAGUUUUUAAGAUAAAAACAAAGUACAGUGCACAUAGGAAAUUAAUACUCUACAACAUUUUAUUUUCACCUUUGAUAAAGAGGGUGAAUUCAUUACAAGGUGCAAUUAUAUAUAUCUGUGUAAAUUAGGUAAAACAACUCUAGUCAUUUGUUUUACAUUAGGUUAGAGAGUAAAAAGGUGUCGGGGAGAAAUACAGUGCCUUCAUUUUGGUCUCUAGUCAUACAGUGCCACUUGCUUAAUGGUUUUCAAUCUUCUGACCAUAAUUUAUUUAAAGGGCUAAUCAAGAAAUAUGUAAGGGUGCGAUCCUGGCCAUUAUUUAUUUCCUCGGAGCCACGAUACAAUGCUAUCAAUUAAUGUAGACCCCAUUGCUUAUAUACCACAAUAAGAACAUUCAUAAUGGUAUUUGGAACAGUCCUUACAGUGUAUCAAAAAGAAACAUUCCAUUUCCAAAUCUCCCAUUUUUACUGUUUUCUAUGUGCAAUAUCUGCAUGCGGUUCAUCAUUUCAUAUUAAAAGUGUCUUCCAAUUUAUAAACUUAUGUUAAAUAUGUGAUGUAUUUGUUAGAUCAAAUAUCUGGUGCAAUAUUUCCUGAGUGUCAUGUUUGUCCCUGGUAAAGCUUUUAAAUAAUUCAAUUUCAAAUUUCAAAAUAAAUCGGGGGGGGGGGGGGGGG